AGGCCCGCUGUAGUCCAUGUUCUCUGCCAACGAAGACUGUUGUGGAAUCAGACGGCCAUUAGGAGCCGCCGAGGCAAGCUGUGUGUAGAUAGGUAAUAGUAGUUAGUUUAGUCGUCUCUGAUCUAUUUGGUUUGUAACUCUCUCAACCGCUUACCAGUGCGCGAAAAGUCGAUAGUUGAAUCUCGAAUUCAGAAGAAAACCCGGCGAAGUGGGUCAGAAAGUAUAAACGUCGUUUGAGAAUAGUGCUAUCGCAAAAUUAUUACCCUGUGGUGCAUCCAGUUUUAAUUUUCCCUGGUAUUUUUACUUCGGUCAGCGAAUUAGCAUCAUCUAAGAGCUGGGCACGUGGGAGUCAGCAACGGUGACGUCAUCUUUCAACCAUGGCUGAACUCGUGAGGGACAUAAUACAUGGCUACCGAGAAAUCAUGGACAACAAAAGUGAUCCUCGGGUGAACCACUGGUCCAUGAUGAGCAGUCCGUUCCCGACACUGGCCAUCUGUCUGUCCUACGCGUAUUUCUCCAAAGUGCUGGGCCCCAAGAUCAUGGAGAAUAGGAAGCCACUUAACCUACGUAACGUGCUUAUAGUCUACAACUUCUUUCAGACAAUCUUCAGCUCUUGGAUCUUCUACGAGUAUCUGGCCAGUGGUUGGGCAGGCCACUACAGUUUUCGCUGCCAACCUGUUGACUAUUCCAAUAAUCCAAUGGCUUUGAGAAUGGCAAGGACAUGUUGGUGGUAUUACUUCUCCAAAUUCACAGAAUUCUUUGACACGUUGUUUUUUAUCCUUCGAAAGAAGAAUAACCAGGUGUCAAAUCUCCAUGUUAUACACCAUGGUUGCAUGCCAAUGAGCGUAUGGAUGGGAAUGAAAUUUGCUCCUGGUGGCCACAGCACAUUCUUUGCACUGCUCAACACAUUUGUACACAUCAUCAUGUACUUCUACUACAUGGUCUCUGCAAUGGGACCCAAGUAUCAAAAAUAUAUCUGGUGGAAGAAAUACCUGACAAGUUUCCAAAUGGUGCAGUUUGUGCUGAUAUUUGCACAUCAGUUCCAGAUACUGUUUUACUCAGACUGUAAUUAUCCUAAAGGUUUUAUGGUCUGGAUUGGUCUCCAUGGAGUUUUGUUCCUCUUCUUGUUUUCGGACUUUUAUAAAACAAGCUAUGUAAAAAGUGAGAGGUUGAGGAACACCAAUUCUGGGGCAUGCAUGCCUCUAGUGGAAGACAAGAUGACAGACAGCAAUGGCAAUGGUGUUACAAACCACAAGUUGGCAUCAGAUUACAGUAGUGAAUAUUCUAAAGCAUAUUCCAACUGUUAUUCAAAUGGAGUGAAUAAUGGUUACAUGGCCACUGCAGCUACAAAAAGUGACAGGAACAGUAAUUCUGACGUCACACAUCGCACUUCUUCAAUGCUACAUAAAAAUAAAUAGCGGCACGAUUUAUUUCAACAGGGUUAGAUUAAAAACAAACUCAUCCAGGUUAAGAAAAAUAUACACAAACACAGGAUUUUCAUGGAGGUAACUUCGGUAAAUAUAUUAAUUUUCUAUGGGAAUACCCAGAAAUCAACAAUGCAGAAACCUCAAUAAAGAAACCGUGAUGUUUGUAAUAAUAACAAGAAAAGUGUUGUGAUGCAAGUGGAAACAAGCUCUUAAGAACUGGAACGGUUCUGAAUCUGCUGAAGCUUGACUAGGAACUUAUUUUUUUAAACUGAAUGGCAACCAUGAAGACUUUUCAUCCAUUUGUUUGGCUACCGUGAGUUUUAAUUUGUAAUUACACGGUAAACAGCAUAAAAGCAUGUCAAUUCAUUAAUCCUUAUCAUACCAGGCUGAAAUAUCCCUAGCAGAUGUUCUCAGCCUGAUAUAAAUUCAGGAAUUUCAUUCAGACACACACUUCAGUGGCAUAGAUGGCCCAUUUAGACCAUUCACAUUCCCUUUCUGGUUACAUUCAGCUGAUGCGUUAAUUUUUGUUCCUGUACCUACAUGUACACUUAGUAAGGUACAUGUCUAAAUUACAGUAACUACAUUUGCUAGGGUGUAACGUGCAUUAAAUUAAAAAGACUGCAAUGGGCGGGGAAUAUUCAAAGGAUGGAUGGCACAAGAACCCCUAAGAAAGUCCUAAAUGCUAAGUAUGAAGGGACAAGAACGGUGGGAAAACCUAAAGGAAGAAGGGAAGAUGCUGUGAGACGGGAUGCUGCCUUCUGAUCCAAUGUCGAAAUUGGAAAAUGGCCGCAAAUAAUAGAUCUUCAUGGAGGCAGAAAAUUGAGUAGGCCAAGGCCCGAUAUAGGCUGUAGAGCCAUUGGAUGAUGAUGAUGAUGACGACGACGACAUUUGCUAGGGUAUUUAAGAUCAGUUGUUCUAUAAAAAAUGUCUGAAACUGGACAAGUAUUUUUUUAAUUCUAGAAAAUGUAGUUACACUUUCGGUAACAAGUGGAUGGAAUUUUGUCAGUAGUAAUGGAUUACAUUCAGACAGUAAGAUCCAUAAACAUUUCUUCUUCUGCAGGGACAUUAUAAGAGUAACUCAGCGUGUAUUAGAAAUAAGAAACGGAAACUUUGAUUAUCAUAUUCUUCAUAAUACACCUGUCUUCAACAGUGGACUUUUAUGAUAAUCCUGUUAAAACCAUAUAUAUUGUGGUGUUGGUAUAUAAAAAAAGCAAGACAUUUGUUUUGCCACGUACAGAACUGACCAUGAUUAGUUUUUCCAGAGCUGAAACCUGUAUGAAUUACUAGAGCAACAUUGUAUUUUUCUUUUCAAUGAUUUGUGUGGUUCAGGGAAAUUCUGGGUAUCAUUGUGACAUAUGGCCAAGUCUUAUCUUCCUUCAUAAUGUUUAUAUGCGAGAGAAGUAAGAUACAUAUUUCAGCCAAGUUCCAUAAAUAUUAGAACUUCCUUUUUUUGAUACUUCUUUCACAUUAAACUUCAUGAGAAUGCAAUUUAUGACAGUAUAUUGAAUACAAACUGGUGUAUUCUCUCAAAAUUUAUGUUUUCAGCAUAUUAUGAUCUGAAGAUUUGUCUUCUGGGUUGUUGCGCUGUGUAGUCUGGUCGAUGUUAACCAACGUUUCAGAGGUCAUACUGCCUCCGUCAUUAGGGUAAACAUCUAUCAACCCAGAAGACAGAAAUCUUCAUACUCACCGCUGUGAAAACCUCAAAUCUUACAUAUUAUGACCUGUUACCUUCUACAUAGAAAACUGAAUGCAGGGCAGUAAGCAGUCAUUUUAAUUUAAACGUACUAGUAAUAUAUUUAAAUGAACAAUUUUUACAUGUUUAUAUUAUGAAGUGUUCACACACAUGAUAAUAUUGUGAGAGCAGAAGAGAAGUUCACAGAGUACUUCAUUACUCAUUUUGAUAUGAAACACUAAGAAAACCAACAUUGUGCUUUUCCUCAAUAACACAUUGAAUAUGAAACUGCAUUUAUUCUUCUGAUUUAAUAAAGCUGAGUGCAAUGUCCUCAUUUGUCCAGUCAGAAUUUUUAUUUGUAGUACACUGCCUUGUUUGUAUGUUAUAUUGUAACAAUAAUGAUUAGUCAAAUUAGAAUAAAUCAGAUGAAAAACUCAAUCACAGGACAAGUAAUUACUAUUUUUAAAUCAAUUGUCUAUGAAUUAUUCUAGAGAAGAUUUCUAGGAUUUUUAACAUCAAGUCAAUUUAAGAUAGUAGAUUUUAAAAUUUAAGAGUUUAAAAGCAGAACAUUCAGUGCCUUGUGAUUUUUUUAUGUAAUGCAGCCCUAAAGUAUAUGAACAUCUCUGGCCUUGGUCUUCUGUGAAGCACCUGGUAUGGAAACAGAUUACUGUCACAAUGUAUGCUGCACAUUAACCAACUUUCAGUUGCUGGUUUGAUUGUAUACAACCUUUGUGAAAACAUUGUGAUAGAAUAGUCAUUUUCAGAAUUGGAAGGUACGGAAUAAGGGCUGGGAUGAUGCAACUAAUGAGAGAGUCCCCACAGUAGCAUUUACUGGCCCAAGGAGGAGGUUACUAGUUUUAACACCUGCUGUAAUAAAAAAUAAAAAUAAAGACUUAUGUUUUCAAGUAGAAGUGAAGAGAGUAAAAUGGCUGUUGUGUAGGACUGCACAACAUAAAAAAUUGUGAGGCAUUCAACAGCCACCUUUGGGGGGAGGGCAGUGGAAGAUAAUCAUAACUGUUACAUUCCUCAACAUGAGGAUUAAAUAGACAGCUACAAGCUACACGUUUGCUGUUAAGACUACAAGUCAUAUUCUCCAUAAAUAUGAAGUUAGGAUUGUUAACAUAACUAAAUUAUAAUUAAAGACUCUGACUUGGAUCUGUUGGAUAUGGAUAUUGUAAAUACAUGUAAAUAUAAUAAGUGUAGCAGGUUUAAUAUGCCAGUGUUUUGUAAUUUGAAAGUAUCCUUUUUAAUUGUGAAAUUGUUAUUACAGAUGUUAGUCAGAUUCAUAAGUUAGUACUUGAUACUGUUGCCUAUUUAAAAUAUGCUUUCCAGUCUUAUGAUGUUAGAUAUUUCUUUUUUAUUUAUUUUUCCAGGUACAUUUCUUCAGACCCAUAAUCUAUUUCAGCCAUGUUAGGUUCCAUUAUAAAUUACCUUCUUUUCAUUUAAAAUUUGUGAUGUUUAUUGUAUGAAAUGAAAGCCCUUCAGAAUAUUCAUUUGAACUUCGGCACAUUACAGAGUGCUGUAUUUUUAUAAGGCUUCAAGUGUUCACGACAACUGAACUCAAUAAAAUCUUCUCGGGUAACAAGUCAUGUCAGUUGUGGACAAAAGCCCAAUGUUUCAGACUUUCACUUCUUCCACCAUUAGGGAAAUGAUGUGACGGUUGAUUCCUGAUGAUUAUAUAUGUGGUUGAAGAUUCCCCCUGUACAGCCAUUGUUUAAUGGGGAAUAACAGCUCAACCUGAAGUUCAGGUGAAUCUUGAGUCAAAUUUGUCUGCUAUUCCCAAUUAGCCAAUGGCCACAUGGGGAACUUUGACCACAUAUAUAAACAUCUUCAGCAGUCAAACUUCAUAUCAUUUCCCUGAUGAUGGAGGCAAAGACAGUCUCCAUAAUGUCCACAACUGCCAUGGCUUGUUGCCUAGGAAGAUUUUAUUGAAUGAAGUAUUUCUAUUCAUGACUUGAAACAUGUGAUGGCUCCAAGCCAUGCAAAGUGUAAGCAUAUUUAUAUAUGUAUGCAAGUAGCCUUAUAGACGUAUAAUUCUGUCUGAUAAAAGUAGUUUGCAGUUAAGAAACAUUUUGGUAAAUAAAAUGAUUCACUUGAAAUGGUAACAUUUUUCAUUGGUUAACUGGUGAAACUAUGUUUCAGCGUGUUAUUGGCGAUUCUGAUUUUGUCAACCGUACUUGUGAUUCUUUUGUACAACUGAUGAAAGGAGUACUGUAUACUGAUAGGUCCUAUUUUCAUUCUGUGAUAUCCUUCAUAGUACAUUUAACAGUCAAAUGCUUCAAAUUUUUCUGAAGGUUGUGCUUUAUAAGUCUUUUUUCUCUCCCUCCAUUUAAAAUAAUAUGUUUAUUUUCAAUUCUGAUAAAUGCAACAAUGUGUGGCUUAUAUUAUUGUACCAUUUGCUUCACAUGUGUGAAUUCUUUUUCCCACAGGCAGAUAUGUAUGCACUGUUAAUAAAUCAGUGAUAAUUUAUGCAAAUAAAUACUCAGAAAUAUAAAA